AUGAAUCACUUAUUUACAUUAGAUACACUAAGAAGUAAUUUAAAUAUAUUAACAUCAUUGACUGAAUCUAUAUCGUAUUGUAGUAAGAAUGGUAAUCCAUAUGUUAUAUUAAAAUAUUUAGAAAUAGAACAUCCUAUUGCAAUCUAUUUGAAAAAGCUAUUGUUAAACUCUGACUAUCUUGCUGAUAGCAAUCAAUUAACCUUGACACUGAUUUUAGCUACCUCUAUGCUAAAGAAUGCAAUGACUCUCUUCAUUAAUGGUUUGGAGUCUAAUGUUAUUGUUGAUGGUUACAGACAAGGUUUAGCAUAUGUUGUCGACUAUCUUUAUAAUCACGCAAAAAAGAAAGUGGUAACAUUACCAUCAUUAUAUGACACCAAUAACACAACUAUUGAUCAUAAUUUGAUCAAUACACUUAUAAAUAAUAAUAGUAAUAAUAAUAAUAUAGUUACAAUAUCAAUAGAAAAAGCAUUAAGUUUAUUAUCAACAACUAAAAAGAAUAAUAGUAAUAAUGAUAGUUGGAGUAAGAGAUUGCAAUCUAUUUAUUUAAUGAAAUCAUUAGAUGAUGAUGAUUAUUAUUAUGAUGAUGAUGAUGACGGUAAUAGUAAUGGCUAUAGGAUUAACAUAUUAGAUGGAUUGGUUCUACCGAUUUAUAGAUGCUCCAGAUGUAAGGAAAUGUUGGAUGCUAGAGUAUUGUUUUUUGAUGGUGAUUUAAAGAGAUCACAAUCUAGUGAUCUACAAAUGGAGUUGAAAUUCACUAGAAUCGAAGAUCUACUUACUUGGCAAAGCGAUGAAGAAUCAAUCUAUAAGCGAUGGGUCCAACAGUUGGUACAACUCAAUGUUAACUGUCUGUUUGUCAGUGGAGACAUAGACGCGGUUGCACUUCACUAUUUAAAUCUAUCAAACAUAUUGGUUUUCAGGAAUAUCAAUGAUUCUAUAUUUCAAAGAUUAUUAUUGAAUACACCUGCUACUGCAUCUACGGUUGGCAAUGACAACAUACUUGUUUCACCUAUUUUUAAUAUGGACACACCACUUGUUUCAAAUGAUUUUCAUAUUGGUGCUAUCUCAUCGAUCAAAGAGUUUAAUAGUAAUAAUAUUUAUGUUAAUAGUAGUAAUAAUAGUGGUCAAAUCAUUAGUUAUUUUCACUUUCAACAAACACCAACAAUAAAAUCAAUAACAAUAAUGGUUGGAGAGAAUAACUAUAGAUAUCAGGACUUUAAGAAGCGUUUCGAUGAUGCUAUUUUCAGUUUGCGAUCAAUUGAUUCAGGUGAAGAGGAAAGAAAUACACAAAUUGUGGAAACAGAGAGUCUUGAAAAUCAAAUAUAUAAACACAUACUUUCAAAGAUCGAUGUCUCAUCAAUACGAUUCUCUUUGGAGCAAUAUGCCAACUCAUUCAUUUCACUUGAGGAAUAUCAAUCAAAUUAUAUAAAAAACAAUCCCAAAUUACAUUCUUACUUGAAGAUUUGUACUGUGGCAACAGAUAUAGCUUGUAUUCUAUCGAGUGGAAAUCUAUUACAAUAA